CAUUUUGUUUUUCGUCGUCGAUGUCAGAAGCCCGAGUGGCGCGACGAAAAUCAAUUCCAAGACCAAAGUCGCGUCUCGUCAAUAGGAGAUUUGUAUUGACUUAUAUAAUAUAUUUGGUUUGAUUUCAAGACAAUCCUUUCAUUUGCAAUUAAUCACAAAAGAUCUCAUAAUAAGAUUUCGAGAAGAAAAUUUUGUUAUUAUCUCGAGCUGUUGUGUUUGGAGUUCACCCCGAAAUAUCUGAAUUUGUCUGUCACAUUCAUCCCUGGGAAGUGGAUCAACUGUUUUCUUUAUGAAAUAUGUGUGGAGCAAGUUAUGUGCCUUUUGUGUUGAAGCCACCUCAAGAAUGCUACUAGUUUGGAAAAUGCUGUUUUUGCACUGUUUAAUUGAUUCAAUGAUGAGAUGAGCGUUAUAAUACGCCUGCAGAAUCUGCCGUGGUCGGCAAACGCACUUGACAUCAGGAAUUAUUUUCAUGGUCUUUCAAUACCCGAAGGUGGAGUUCAUAUCGUUGGCGGAGAAUUAGGGGAUGCAUUUAUUGCUUUCAGUACUGAUGAAGAUGCUCGACAAGCUUUUAACAGAAACAAUGGUAAAAUUAAGGAGAUUCAAAUAAAGUUAUUGCUCAGUUCUCGAACGGAAAUGCAAAAGGUCAUCGAGGCCGCAAGGAGCCAAUCGAUUGCUGCAUUUAUGGGAAAUGUGCAAGCGCAACCAGCCAUUUCCACUCCCAUAAUGCCAUCCAUUGUUCCGGCAGCCGUCCCUGAACUUAAUGCAAACAUUAAUAAAAAGGAUGACAAGGGCGAGAGUAGACGUGACAGGCGGCGUUCGCGUUCCAGGUCACGGGAUCGCAAAGAUAGGUCGUACGACAGGAAGCGCGACGGCAGACGCAGGGACAGAAGUAGGUCGAAGUCGAGGGAUCGUUCCAACAGGGAUCGUAGACGUCGGGAUCGCAGUAGGAGCAGGGAUCGCUCCAAAUCCAGGGAGCGCGAUCGCAAAAGGGGAGACAGUCGCAGGAGCCAUGAUAAAACCUUGCAACCGAAUAAGAAAGAACCUAGGGUCGGCGUCUGGGAAGCUCCGCCGCAGGCCCUCCUCGGAGCUCCUUCAAAUCCAGCCACAAAUCUUCUUGCCAGCAUCGUAGCAAACAAUCUUCUUCCAAAUAUAUUAAAUGGCAACAAUAACUUCAACCGUUGGGAUGGCAAUAAUCAAAACUUUCCAAUGAAUGAAGGCAACAAUAUGUACAAUGAUGACCAAAUUCACGAAAAUCAGGUGUUGGAAAAUCCUAAUUGUUGCGUUCGUUUGGAGCCGUAUUUCGGCCCCUUCAGCGAGAUUCGUCGUUUCUUCCAAGGAUUAUCAAUACAAAAUAAAGGUAUCAAGUUGAUUAACGAUAAUCACGGUAAACGGACGGGGCUUGCAUACAUACGAUUUAUGUAUCCUGCUGGUAAGGAUGAAGCGCUCGGCAGGAGCGGAGACAGAAUACGAAAUCAAACUAUCACCGUUCUUCAUUUGGAUGAUAGGGAAUUCGACAACGCUGUAGAUAGAUACAAUCCAAAGAACGAUCACAAAAACGAGGAGGGAGGUAAAUCAUAUCAUGCUGGAAGUUUGGGAUUUACCUGCUUGACAAUUCAAAAUAUGCCACACUACAUAUACGAGCAAGAUAUACAGGAUAUGUUUUCCGAUUAUCCGUCGAUAGCAAUCGCAAUAGAAUCAAGGCACAACAAGAAAAGUGUUUACAUUAAAUUUAACCAUCCGGACGAAGCAAUGCGAGCACUUAAUGAAACCGAAACACAUGUUUUCGAAGGGAAACACGUUAAAGUGGAGCCCUGCAACGAUGAUUUCUUCGAAAAAGUCCGAAGCGAUAAUUCCACCAACACCCCACCAAGUACAACAAUUAUUAUAUCGGGAUUACCUAUGAAAUGCUGCGAGAACGAUAUUAUGGAUUUCUUCUCGGACAUCGGCGUAAUGCCAUCUAACAUAAACUUGCUGAUGGAUGACAUGGGUUUCUCUGGUGAAGCCAAAUGCGACUUCUAUAAUAUAGAGGAUGCUGUUCAAGCAUUUAAUAAGAACGGUACGAUGUUCGGUAAUGACGUGAUUUCCAUGCAAUACGAAAGUAAAGAUAUCCCGAAUCCUCCGCAAGUUCAUCAACAGCAUCCCAGAAGAGGUCCUAUGGUAAAUCCUAUGGGCAUAAUAAACCAACUAGCAAUGAAUGUGGGCCCCAGACCGCCAUUCUUUAUGCAACGCGGAGGCGGUGGAUUCAUGGGUGGUCCACCUCGCCCACCUCCUCGAGGCCCUCCAAUGAUGUUUGGGGGCGGCGGUCCGAGAGGACCCCCAAUGCGUCGCUUUCCACCAGCGCAGCAAAUUCAGCAGCAGCCCAGGGACAACUACGACGAAGAAUUGGCACCGCCCGGGUGCAUUUUAUUAAUGGAAAACGUUCCUUACAAAGCGGGUCUCGACGAGAUUCUAGAAUAUUUCGAAGGAAAUUUCGAUGUCCCUAGAGACAAUGUUCUGCGCAGAUACAAUCAGCACGGUCUACCCACCGGCGAAACAAAAGUUAUUUUCAAUUCACCCGACGAAGUGUUCAAUGCUAUUCAAAUUUUAAAAGGCAAGAGGAUACGUGACCGCAUGAUAUACCUUUCACAAUUAUAGUAACUACUGAUUAUGUUAAGUUCAAUUAAUUAAUUAUGUAAAUUAGUUUGUAUUAAAAAUGAGAAGGCAACGUGCGCCACAGAUGAAUGGAUGUGCGUAACAUAGCAUGAACAAUAUUAGUUGCAGAUAAUGGUAAUGAACGUUCCAUCACUGAAUUGUGAUAAUGAAGUCCUGGAUUAAUAUCACAAAUGGUAUUUGAAUUUUGGAUGCUUCUUAAAUGCCUAUUAUUCCAUUGUAUAUAAUGACGAUUGUUUUCUUUAUUAUUUUUUAAGAAUAUUGAUGAUUUUGCAAGACGACAAAUAGUCGUGAGAAAUAGUGUUGUGGAGAUAAAUAUAUUUUUGAUUACCAAAUAAACUGUUCUAUAUUUUUGUUGUGUUUACAUCUAAAUAGAUGAUAUUUGUUUGGAAUACAUACGGCUUUAAUAAUGAAAUAAUUGGUACAAUUCAUAGCUUCUAGAAAUAGAUGAAAUUACAUAAUUUUUGUAUUACAUUUUGUAAAAAAGUAAUAAAUAAUUGAAGAUUUUUUUUUUGUA